CUUCAACACUAGACGCCUUCCGCUCUCGCACUAGGAUCAAACUUAGGGACUCUGGUAACCGUACCCGUCGAACUCUGCAAAGAGUUCGACGUGCUUUACUCAUACAUCAGCCCGCGGAGUUUCUCGUCGGCUUUUCUCAGCGGGUCGUGAUUCCGAUGCGGCAAUAGAUGCAUUUGUGAAGCCAGCUGCUUCUAGCCCAGGUCUCUGGAGGCGCUGGUGCAGCUGUUAGCAAAUCUCAUCCCUCCUGACCGAGCCCGUGCUGGCCCGCCUGUCUUGGUAAAACAGGAAAGGCCUCUGGAAUUUCUGCGGAUAAAUACAAACUAAAGCAACAAAAUGAGACCUCAGAGAAAAGAAGCCGGGGCGUUUACAAAAUUUAGAUUACUGAUAUGGAAAAAUUUAAUACAACAAUGGAGACACCGCUUACAAACAGUUGUAGAAUUAUUACUGCCUGUUAUAACUAUGACACUUAUACUAAUCCUAAGGUGGCAAGUUGAACCAACAAAUCGGGAAACAAUCAGGUACCCAGAAAUAUCGUCACAUAGCCUUCAAUACUCGUCAAUGAUAAUCGCAGGCCUGAACACAACAAGAAUGUCAAUAGCCUAUUCACCGACUAGUCCCGAACUUGAAGACGUUGUGCGAAGUAGCGUCGCUAAUCUGUUGCUUUUAAAUAUUAAGCAUAUAAUAAAUGAUACAGAAACAAUCAUGCCAGAAGUAGAGCUACCGCCCGACAUAAAUUGGAAUGAUAGUGCUAUUUAUGAAAUUAUCAAACGCAUCUUGAGAGUAGAUGCAUAUGAUAAUAGUAACGCUUUAAGGGGUAUAUACGCUCUUGAAGAAAUAACACGUGAAGUUGUACUGGCUGUGGAAUUUAAUGAUUCGCUCCUUGGGGCAACGGAGUUGUCAAAUAACUUAUCAUUUGCAUUGAGAUUUCCCGAGAGGCCUAGGUUAAACUCAUUUUACGCACAAGGUGGUCGCUCUUGGAGAACAGAUGAUGUAUUUCCUGUAUUUGAAAAUCCAGGACCGAGAUUUCCUUUGUCGUGGGAAGGUGGCAAUGACCCAGGAUACGUAAAUGAAAUGUUUAUAGCAUUUCAAAGCUGUAUUUCGGCGGAACUUGUAUCUAGAUUAACGGGGAAGCCGGAAUUAAAAUCGUUUUCUGUGAACAUACAAAGAUACCCGCACCCGCCCUAUGUGGACGAUUUAGCAGUAGAAGCAUUGCAAAUGAUUUUUCCGAUGUUCAUAUUGUUGAGUUUUAGUUAUUCAGCCGUGAAUUUAGUAAGAGCAGUUACUUUAGAAAAGGAAUUGCAGUUAAAGGAAACGAUGAAAAUAAUGGGAAUAUCCACGUGGCUCCAUUGGACCGCAUGGUUCUUCAAGCAAUUUAUUUAUUUAAUGAUAAGUGCAAUCCUUAUCAUUGUCCUCUUAAAGGUUAGUUGGUUUACAAAUGCGGACGGAUUCAGCGGAUACGCGGUCUUCACGAACACUCCUUGGACCGUUUUGCUUUUUUUUCUAGCGCUUUACCUGAUUUGUUCAAUCUUUUUUUGUUUUAUGAUCAGCGGCUUCUUUUCUAAAGGUAGUACAUCAGCAUUGUUCGGAGGCGUUAUUUGGGUACUGGUGUAUAUCCCAGCAUUACUGCUUUCAAUGGAUAACAAUAUGUCCAUUGUAACACAGGUCAUCACCUGCCUCAGUGUAAACUGCGCCAUGUCUUACGGCUUUCAGUUAUUGUUCGGAAAAGAGAGUAUUGGUGGUAUGCAAUGGGGAGAUUUUAUGGCAUCACCAUCAUCGGACUCUUCGCGAUUCGUUUUUGGGCAUGUAAUUCUGAUGCUGGUAUUUGAUUCCGUGCUGUAUAUGUUAAUAGCCCUGUAUUUAGAGCAAGUCUUGCCUGGACCCUUCGGUUUACCAAAGCCAUGGUAUUUUCCUAUACAAAAGAGCUUUUGGUUUCCUAACAACGAAGAAUCUAAAAAUGGCAUUAUAAUUGAACACGCAAUUUCUAAUGACGAUGUUAUUUUGGAAAAGGAUCCGGAAAAUCUCACAGUUGGUGUUAGAAUGAAUAAUUUAACUAAAAUAUUUGGCGCAAACGUAGCAGUGAACCAAUUGACUUUGAACAUUUUUGAUAACCAAAUAACUGUAUUACUUGGUCACAACGGUGCCGGUAAAUCAACAACCAUGUCUAUGCUAACAGGAAACAUGAAAGCUACCCGUGGCUCAGUAACAUUAGCGGGCUAUGAUAUUCAAACACAAGUUAAAGCGGCUAGAGCUCAUCUCGGCUUUUGCCCGCAACACAAUGUACUUUUCAACGAUUUAACUGUCAAAGAACAUUUGGAAUUCUUCGCCAGACUUAAAGGAUUUUCGGGAAAAGAACUUUAUCAAGAGAUAGAUUCUUUAAUUGAAAAGUUAGAACUUCAAGAAAAGCAAAACUACGUCGCUAAUGGAUUAUCAGGUGGUCAGAAACGUAGAUUAUGCGUUGGAAUAGCCCUGAGUGGUGCCGCUAGCGUGGUAUUGCUGGAUGAGCCUACAUCGGGAAUGGAUCCGGCUUCAAGACGAGCCCUGUGGGACUUAUUGCAAAGAGAGAAACGAGGGCGCUCUAUUAUCUUAACAACUCAUUUCAUGGACGAGGCUGAUGUUCUCGGUGACCGAGUGGCGAUUAUGGCUAAUGGUCGUCUCCAGUGCGUUGGGACACCAUAUUUUUUGAAACGCCAUUACGGAGUUGGUUACACAUUAGUCGUUGUCAAAAAGGAAGGUUUCGACUACACGGCGUGCACCGAUCUAAUCAAUAAAUAUAUACCCGGGAUUGCAAUUAAAGAAGAUCGCGGACCAGAAAUAAAUUACUCCUUAACAAACAUCCAGUCUCAUGUAUUUGAAGAUAUGCUUAACGAUUUCGAAAAGAAUGUUAACAAUAUUAAAUUCAAAGACUAUGGCUUGAUAGCAACUACUUUAGAAGAUGUAUUCAUGUCAGUGGGUUCUGAUGUGGCAACAAUAAACUCUGUCAGCGACGAUGGAGCUGCAAGUCUUGAUCUAUCAGGCGAUGAUAAUCUAAAAAAUGAAUUUUCAUCUUUGGAACAAUUGACGAAAGAAGGUAAAGUGUCAGGAGCAAGUCUGGUCGGAAAGCACGUGUUAGCAGUUUGGAUGAAACUGUUUUUGGUCUGGUUUCGUUCUUGGUGGAUGGUACUCCUCCAGUUGGCUGUUCCAAUAGUUAUGAUGAAUGCGACGCUGCUGAUCGUACAGUUCCUCAUUUCGUUCGUUGCCAAUAUCCAAAUAAGGCAUUUGUCACUCGAAUAUGGGUAUUCGAGGACCGAGACAUUGUUAUCAUUCAACGGAAGUUCAAGUUCAUCCAUUGGUGCGUUGGCAAGCAACGCUUACGAAAAUAUUUUUAAGUCAUCUGGCAUAGAUACCAUGGAAAUAACAAUCGUAGAAGAUCAGUCAAUCGACGAGUAUUAUUUAGAAAGGGCAUCAGAUCCAAUUGAAAUGGGUGCACUGCGACACAGUGUCCUGACAGGCGCUACAUUUUCUGACGACGUCGCGACCGCGUGGUUCAGCAACUUCGCCUACCAUGAUGUGGCGACUUCAUUGGCUUCUGUUUAUUCAGCGCUACUUCGAGCCUUCAACUCCACAGCCGAGAUCAAUGUGUACAAUCACCCUAUAGAAGCCACAUAUAAAAAUCAAAACGACAUGCAACUGUUGGUCACCAUGAUAUCGAUGCAGCUCUCCUCCGGCGUGGCCAGCUGUAUCGCCAUCGUCAGCGCCGUCUUCGUCAUGUUUUAUAUUAAGGAACGUGCGUGUGGUGCUAAGUUACUACAAAAGGCGGCUGGCAUCCAGCCCGCUGUACUUUGGGGGAGCGCAGCGGUCUUUGACUGGCUCUUGUUCAGUAUUAUCUGCAUUACCAUUGUAAUUACAUGUGCUGCGUUCGAGGUACAGGGACUAUCUACUUUUGUAGAAUUGGGACGAAUGUACCUUUGCCUGAUUGUGUACGGCGCGGCGAUGCUACCACUCAACUAUCUACUGUCGCAUUUAUUCGAAGGGCCAGCUUUAGGUUUUGUCGUCAUAUUCUUCACGAAUUGUUUGUUGGGUAUGAUGGGGCCACAAAUAGUUGAGGCUUUGUCGUCUCCGCAACUCAACACUCAAAACGUAGCGGACAUACUCGAUACGAUAUUUCAAUUUUUCCCGCUCUACAGCCUUGUGACAUGUGUCAGGGAAUUGAACCAGAUAGGUCUGGUGGAGUACUCGUGUAUGCGUGGAUGCGAGUACAUUUCAGUGUUGUUGCCAGACCUCAAGGAAUGCACAAUGGCGGUCAUGUGUGAACAUUACUUGGAGUCUUGCUGUGUUCGUGAAAGUCCUUAUUUCGAAUGGGAAAAACCAGGCGUCCUUCGAUAUCUGGUCGUGAUGUUGGCUACCUGCGGUGUUUUGUGGUUGAUCCUUAUGACUAUCGAGUAUCGUUUGUUCCAAAAGGUCUUCAUGUUCAGAAAAAUACCGCCUCCGAUACCGGAGAAUACGCUCGAUAAGGACGUGGCUGACGAGGCGGAGCAUGUCCGGCAGAUCAGCAAGCCAGAUCUGGCGCGGCACGGACUCGUCGCGAAGAACCUCUCCAAAUAUUACGGAUCGAAUCUCGCAGUCGACCAAGUAUCUUUCACUGUUAGCGACUCUGAAUGUUUCGGUCUGCUCGGAGUGAACGGUGCCGGGAAAACGACCACAUUUAAAAUGUUGAUGGGCGACGAGAACAUCUCCAGCGGCGAAGCGUUCGUCAGCGGGUACUCCGUCCAGCAGCGGCUGACUAAAGUGCACAAGAAUAUCGGCUACUGUCCUCAGUUCGACGCUUUGUUCGGGGAGCUGACUGGGCGCGAAACGCUGCGCCUGUUCUCAUUGUUGCGCGGCCUUCGGAACUUCAGCGGCGCGCACGCGGACAUCCUCGCGCACUCCCUCGGCUUCCUUAAGCAUUUAGAUAAAAGAGUGGAUCAGUAUUCUGGUGGAACAAAAAGGAAGUUAAACACAGCAAUAGCUUUCCUAGGAACAACUCGUUUAAUUUUCGUUGAUGAACCGACAACGGGCGUAGAUCCCGCUGCCAAACGACACGUUUGGCGGGCGAUGCGCGGCGUGCAGCGCACGGGGCGCGGGGUGGUGCUGACGUCACACAGCAUGGAGGAGUGCGAGGCGUUGUGUUCGCGCCUCACGAUAAUGGUCAACGGCCGGUUCCAGUGUCUCGGCUCACCGCAGCAUCUCAAAAACAAAUUUUCUCAAGGAUUCACUUUGAUCAUCAAACUGAAGUCAAAUGAGGAGACAAAUCCGUCAUCCAGCAGAAACCAAGAAGAAGCUAUUAAAAGUUACGUCACCGCCAAUUUCGUCAACCCUAAGAUGAUGGAGGAGCAUCAGGGUCUGAUAACAUACUAUUUGCCGGAUCAGACUGUGCCGUGGUCGAAGAUGUUCGGUAUAAUGGAACGAGCGAAACAAUCCCUCGACGUUGAAGAUUACAGCAUCUCUCAGACGACCCUAGAGCAGAUAUUCUUGCAGUUUACGAAAUAUCAAAGGGAAGGCUUGUGAAUGAGAUUGUAAUAUUUAUUCUUAAGUGAUAGUAAAUAACAAUAGUGGAAUUGCUUUAUUGGUCUGCCAUUAGUACCAGUUUAGAUUUAAAAUUUGUCACUCUAAUAAUUAAAUUUGUCAAAUUAAAUUUAAAUAAAUCUCCCCAAUGAGAAGUAUGUUAAUUUUUUUUCUAUUCAAACGAAAUGAACAUGACGGAAAUUAAUUUAAUAUUAAAACAAUAAAAGUUUUAGAACAAA